GGGGAGGGGAAGGGAAGGGGGGGGUUAGAGUUGCUAGGCGCCCACCGGCCCGGGCUUUAAUCUCUGUGUCUGUGCGUGUGUGUGCCUGUGGCUGUUAGCUCCCGCGUUCCCUUCCCCUUCCCCUUCCCCUCCUCUGCCUCCUCCCUCCUCCUGUUCCUCUUCCUUUUCCAUGUGGGUCCCGUCAGCAGCGGCCGAGCGCUCGAGAGCCGCCGCCACAACAUGAACACGAUGAUGAUGCUGCUGCUGCUGAGGGUUAAUGUGGCCAUGAUCGGAAGCCGCUGAAAGAUGAGCGAGGAGGUGAACCCGACCGAUGAUAGUUACUUUGCGCGUGUGCGAGCAGUGGUGAUGACCCGUGAUGACUCAAGUGGAGGAUGGGUGCCACUGGGAGGUGGUGGCCUCAGCUGUGUCACUGUUUUUAAAGACCACCUGGGUGAAAGUGAGGGUGAUGAUUUCCUAAUCCAUGGAGAAAGGCUCCGAGACAAAACGGUGGUUUUGGAAUGUGCUCUGAAGAAGGAUCUAGUUUACAACAAGGUUACCCCUAUAUUUCAUCACUGGAAGAUAGAUGAUAAAAAGUUUGGACUUACCUUUCAAAGUCCUGCUGAUGCUAGAGCAUUUGACCGUGGCAUUCGCAGAGCCACUGAAGCUAUCUCAGAAGGUUGCCAAGAAACUUUCAAUGAAGCAACAGUUCCUGAUGAUGGUUUUCAACCUGCACAAGAAAGUGAUACUAAUUCUUUGAUCAGAAAAGAGCGAAUUUCACAGCAUGAUACUGUAGUGACAAAUGAUCCUUGCAGAAGCUGCUAUGUUAGAACGCCUCCAUUUGAGGAUUUUGGUUGUCGAAGAUUAUACUUUCCUGCUCAACAGAAUCAGAUUAUGUUAAAACCAACUAGGCAUGUCAGUUUUCAGGAUGAAGAUGAGGUUGUGAGGAUAAACCCUCGAAAGGAUGUAUUGGUUAGGGGCUAUGAAGACUACAGACAUCCCAAUGUACGAAAAAAUGAAUUGGAGACUGAAAUAGACUCGUAUGUGUGCUUCAAACCAGAAUCUAAAAAACACGAUUAUGUAUAUCCUUCUGUGGAAGGGAUUGAUACUGAACACAUUAAAGAUUCAAAAGGUUCAAUUGUAUUCAAAACACAGCCAUCCCCUUCACUAAAAUCAAAAAAAUCCAGGCGAAGGAAAGAGGAUGGAGAACGCUCUCGUUGUAUAUAUUGCCGAGACAUUUUUAAUCAUGAGGAAAACCGGAGAGGACAGUGUCAGGAUGCUCCAGACCCCAUCAAGAAAUGCAUUUAUCAAGUGAGCUGCAUGCUGUGUGCUGAGAGUAUGCUCUACCACUGCAUGUCGGACUCUGAGGGAGAUUUCUCUGAUCCGUGCUCAUGUGACACUAGUGAUGACAAGUUCUGUUUGCGAUGGCUGGCACUUAUAGCCUUGUCUGUCAUUGCACCAUGUAUGUGCUGCUAUCUUCCUCUGAGGGCAUGUCACCACUGUGGUGAAAUGUGUGGAUGUUGUGGAGGGAAGCACAAAGCAGCUGGAUGAUGUGACCAAUUGGGAGUCAAGCUGGGCUUAAUAGUUCCUCUCCAGGCAGCAUCAACCCUGGGUCUCAAGGGUUAUGGCCUACUGGUAUUAAAAGCCAGCAGCAAUUGCAGAGCUGUGCAAGUUUCCAAGGCUCGAGGAGAAGUAAUACGUUUUAAAUGAUCACGGCCCUGCGCAAGGCCACCACAAUCUAUUACUUUGCAUGGCACAGCCUAACUUGAGAAGAUUUUGUAAAGCAGAGAAUUCUUUGCUUUUGGCUGUUCAGUGAGUACUGAAUGUGAUUGUGUGGAAGGGAUUAAUUUUGCAGUUUUGUACAUUGAGAUGACUAUGGGGUCUGGUUUCUCACAUGAAACUCUUACAGAUGAGACUGAAGUAUUAGAUUAAAAGCACUAGGCAAUUGAGUUUUGUUCAGAAAGAUUUCAAAUUGUUUUAGGCUUUGGUUCUAAUAGGUAUUUACUUAUUAUGCGCAUUUAAAGAAUCACUUAACUGGCAGUGCAGGUGAAUUUACUGUCUAUGAGUAAUUAGAUAUUUAACACGUAUAAAGUGUCAAACUCUAUAUAACUAAACUUGAGGUGGCUCGUACUUUCGCAAUAAAAUCAUUUAUCUUUUCAGUUCUUCUAUGUUGGGAAACAAAAAUGUUGACCUGUAAUGGACAUAGAUAGUUAUUUCAUUUUUAAUUCAUUGCAAUAUGCAUGCUUACUAUUCACAUGCGAUUUUGCUUCAGUUGGACAAUUUUUCACCUUUCUUCCUGAAGACUAAAAUUGGUUACUAAAUUUUCAUGGUGGUGAUUAAGCACAUUCUGUUUUAUUUUCUCCCUGUGUAUGGGUGUUGUCUGUGAACCAAAUUGCAAACUGGUGGCUUACUUAAUUUUAGAUAUCUUUAAAAACACUUAUAAUAUUUUUGCUCAAUCAGCAAGUUUUCUGUUGGUAGUCCGAGAAUAUCAUACGACUUCUUGCAUUUAUGUAACCGGGUGUCAUACUGUUAAAAAUCUAAAGUUCGGAGUAUAGUCAAUUCAAGUAUUUCAGACCUAUCUUUCAACAGCCCACCAGAAACAGUGUAGAUGCAGUUUUGAAAAAGCAAAAUCCUGGUUUUAAUUUGUAAAUUAAACAUACUAUAGAACAUUUUAUGCAAGGUGGUAAAAUAGUUUACUUUGUUAUUCUAAGAUUAUUAAGUGAAUGCUUUCAAUUAGUUAAAACAAACAUUAAGAGCUACCUUUCCCUGUUUAAUUGUACACAUGGGCAUACCCACAUCUACAUUCUCCAGUGGAUAUGUAAAUAGGCAUGGCAUAGUUUGCUGAAAACAACAACAUGAUGUCAAACAUUUUGUCAUGCACUCGAAGACGAGCACAGGAAUUACAAAUUUCAUAGAAAGCAAGAGUUCAUACCACAUGAGAAAAAGUGGUGAUUGGUUGACAAAUUGAAUCCAAUCAGAAUUAACUUGCAUUAUAGAUUGUUGCCUCCUUUGGAAUUUGGCGUUAUGACACUUAUGCUGAUGAGUGUGUGGACAACGUGACUUGCUCUUUCAACAGUGCUCCAUUUCAGUGCUGCCAAGCAAAAUGGUUUAUACUUAAUUAUAUAUCCAAAGAACUCAGGUGUGCACAGGUGAGAUGAAUUUUCAAAUUUAAAUCUACAGUUAUGGUUGGGAGGUUACCAGUGGGAGCAUAUUACAAAUUUGAGGGACUAGUACCUAAACUAUUCAAAAUAAAGACUGGUUUAGAUCUUCAACUAAUUACAUUUGUAGACUCAAAAUUAAUACUCAAAUUUUUUUCAAAAGCAUAUAAUUAUUUGGAGUCAUCCACCAAUUUCUGCAAACGCCAAUGGUUAUAAUUAGUCAAACAGUAUGUAGAAUAUCCCUAAAUGUUUGAUACCACAUUCAGGUACAUUUAAUUUUGAUACAUUGUCUGUGUACACCUUUGUAUCCUGUGUACUUAUCCGUGACGGUGGAAGGGAAAAUUGAGCUGUUGCGGUUGUGCCAGAACCAAUUCAUUCCUAAGAUUUGAUGCUUCUAAGUUUUAUCACAUAUUUAUUCACAAAAUAUACGUAUAAAAUUUAAGGCUUUGUCAAAGUUACUUGCCCAAGUUCUAAUUUUUAGAUAUGUAAAUAUAUAACACCAUCUGUAAAAUACUCCACAAUAGGAUGCAUUGAUAUUUAUCAGCUGUGAGUAGAUGGAAUGGACUGACAGCUUUCUGUACAUAAGCCAACUUUGAGUAUUAUUUCACAUUGAAAAGUAGAGGCUAAAGAUAUGAGACUUAAUUUUAAAAAGAGCUUGUUUCUAGUUUUAUACUUAAUUGCAGAAUGGCUUCACUUGAAUACGUUUGGUGAUGGGGAGAUUUUUUUCAUUUUGCUGUUUGAGUAUUUAAACAUCGUUGUAUGUAAUUUUUCAUGAUCGGAUUUCAUCCGUGUGCUCAGAAACUUGUGUUUCAUCUGUAUUCUGCACACUGGGGAACACAAAUUUUAAAUUGUGCUCAGAGUGUUCACACAUUGCUUGUGAUUUUCAGUCUAUAUUCCUGCAUUCAUGUUGCUACUUGUAAAUUUUCGUUAUCCAAGUUUUGGAAGACUUUUUUCCACAGUUCAAUUAUAAAGCCCUUAAUUUGCCUGAACCUUUCAGAAGAACUGCAAGCGUUAUGAGGAAAAAUAUCAGAUUAUGCAGGCCUGCUACUUACUUUUAUCAAUGUUCAUUGUAGACAGGCAUAUUUAACAUUGAAGAUUUUUCUCAACCACCCCCUCACAUCAGAGCCAUUGACAGAAAUUUCAGUUUGUGCUGUAUAAGGUCACUAUCAGAUGCUGUACUGUUCGAGUGCAUAAUAGACUGAGUGAAAAUUCUCAUUUCUCGGGAUUUCAAAGGAUUCAGUAGGCUUCUGUGUUUCAUUCCAGUGUUCUUUUAAUGUGGACAUCUGGGCCCAGCUUUAUUCUUUGCAGGAAUUCCUGAAGAUCUUGAGUACUUAAAGGUUUUGUGCUUUUUCUGCCUUCUGGGCUCUGGUUAAGAACAUGUGGCAUAAAUCAACUUCCCAUCUGCCUUUCCACAGUAAACAGAUAGUAUGGAGUACCAAGAUCUGACAAAAACUUUCAUGUAUGUGGAGCUGAUAGUCACAACAGAUUAUAAAUUGAAUAAUGAAUUGAAGCCAGAAUUUUUGUUUUGCAAACCCUAUAUACUCCAAGUUUGCAGUUUAGGGACAUCAAUCUACAAAAUAUGCUUUAACGUCCCAGUUACUACCCAAUGACUCUUUUUGAUGAUGUUUCUUUGCUUGUGAUGAAGAGAGUUUUUUUUGUAUAAAACUAAAGAAAUUGAGCUGCUGUGCAGAUAUGUUGGAUAUUUUCACGUUUACCAGUUACAGUCUCUGCUUUGAUUGUAUUUGGAUCUUUAAGUUCAAUCAAAUGUCCCCUUUCGGACCCUUCCUCGUAUGUGGGUGACUUCAGAGUUUGUAGUUAUUCUUAUGAAGGUCCUUGAUGUGAACGAAACGUUGCUGCCAUAUUGGAAAACAUUUCCAACGCAAAUUGGAAAAAUAAAAUCUUAUCAGUCAACUGUUUAAUACCAAGUAAUUCUUAGCAUAAACUUAAGCUGCUUUUAUGUUUAUUUUUCUUUGGAUGGGGAGGGUCUGACAGUGCUUGUAUGUGUAAUGUUAGAAGAUGUGACUACCCCCCCACAAGAGAAAAACUUGCUGGCUGUAGCAAAAUGUUUUAUUUGUGGUAAUAGGUACACUUUGACCUUCGAAUGAUGAGGCACUACUAACCAGUAUGGUACAUCACCUAACCGUGGACUGUAAUUUAUAUGCAAUGUCUGCUUUGUGAAUUUAAACAGCCUAAGAGGCAUGCUAAUAGCGCUAAAGGAGUUGACCCUGCUGAAUAUUGAUGGCGCACUUAUGCGCUCAGAACUGUCAAUUUUUGUUCUACUUCCUAAUUACUUUUUAUUAAAAUGGUAUGUCUGUUAGACUUUGAGACUUUAUCUAAUAGAAAACAUUAAGCUAAAAAAUGCUUUGUACCUAGAUGUUUUUGAAUUUUUUUUCAAAGUACUGCCUAAUGUUUGCUUUGUGCCACUUGCUGAUGCCUAGCCCACUUCCAAAAAGUGCCUCGCUUGUUCAUUUUAAGAGUUCCAUUUAAAUCUAACUAUUGUAUCUGUUACAUUUUGUUUUUAGUAUCUUUUCAAUAAAAAUAAAAAUACCUAAGUAUGUGAUGUACAAUUUAGUUUUAAUAACUCCUGCCACAGGUGUAAUUUCUUAAAUGUAUGAGGGUGUAACUUCUUAAUUUCUUGAAUAUAUAUAUAAUGUAAAUAUGCAUAUAAGUUUGUAACUGAUUUUGUU